AUGGACGUGGUCGUGGACGUGGACGUGGACAAGGAUAUGGACAUGGACGUGGAUAUGGACGUGGACGUGGACAUGGACGUUGACGUGGUCGUGGACGUGGACGUGGACGUAGACAUGGACAUGGACGUGGAUAUGGACGUUGACGUGGACAUGGACGUGGACAUGGACGUGGACGUGGACAUGGACGUGGACGUGGACGUGGACAUGGACGUAGACGUGGACGUGGACGUGGACGUGGACGUGGUCGUGGACGUGGACGUGGACGUGGACGUGGACAUGGACGUGGACGUGGAUGUGGACCUAGACGUGGAAUUGGACGUGGACGUGGACGUGGACGUGACGAAGACAUGGAACAUGGACGUGGACGUGGACGUGGAUGUGGACGUGGACGUGGACGUGGACGUUGACGUGGUCGUGGACGCGGACAUGGUCGUGGACGCGGACAUGGACGUGGACGUGGACAUGGACGUGGACGUGGACAUGGACGUGGACGUGGACGUGGACGUGGACGGGACGUGGACGUGGACGUGA